CUCAGCCUGCUGCAGCGCGUCGACGCCUUACGAGCGGACAACUUAGGAUCCCGCAGUCACGGCCAUCAUCUCAAUGGCGUGCAGGAUAGUAUCAAUGCCCAGAACGCUUACAUGCGGUUCUUCGGGCGUACUGCGAGCAGCGACGCGGCCACGAAGCAGCCAAUUUCUUUCCCCUUUCUCCUCACGUGCCUUAUACUGCCAGGCUCCUAAUAACAGCACAAGGCAGCGGGCAGGGCUUCUGAAUCCAGGCAGCAAACCGUCAUUUUCUCCGCAGCAAUCUAGUGUCUUCAGUACAUCGGUCAGGCGUAAUGCCGAACACAGAAAUGGAAAGGAUGCCGCCUCUUCAGGCUUGUCUGAGAACAAGACGGAGAACCCCGGCCUGUCAACAACCGCAAAGGUCGCAGCUACGUUGAAGUCCACGUUAAAACUAGACACGCCGACACAGCGCCAUGAACAGAUCUACAACAUCCCCAACUUCCUCACCUUCACACGCCUGAUAGCAACUCCAGUAGUUGGGUACCUCAUUGUUCACAACCAGCAUCUCGCCGCCUUCUCCCUCUUCACUUACGCAGCAUUCUCCGACCUUCUCGAUGGCUGGAUAGCUAGGAAAUGGAAUCUCCAGACGGUGGUUGGCAGCGUCGUCGAUCCCAUGGCAGACAAGCUGCUAAUGACGACGCUCGUGACAUGUCUGGCAGUCAACGGGAGCAUGGCUGUACCUCUUGCUAUCAUCAUUCUCGGCCGCGAUGUCAGCCUCGCAGUUUCCGCACUCUACUAUCGAUACGCGUCUUUGCCAGCGCCCAAGACUAUGGCGCGAUACUGGGAUUUCAGUCUGCCCAGCGCAGAGGUUCAUCCUACUCAGAUAUCGAAGUUCAACACCUUCCUCCAACUCAGUCUGCUCGGUACGCUUCUCUGCACAAACCUCCUUCACGACCCUGCUGCAACGACGUCUGCUGCGGGUGGGAUCCUGAUGUCUCUCCAAGACAUUCUUGGUGGGGAAGCCGGUGUGAAGAACAUGGUCACAGGCCUUUCAGCUGUUGUUGCUAGUACGACACUUUACAGUGGUUUGGAGUACACGUGGAAGAAGGAUGCGGUCAAGAUUCUGGGGGGCAACGAAGAGCUCAAGCGGAAGCAGGGUCUUCGCGGAAGGAUGAUUAUGCUUACCAGCUACGGAACGUUCAUCGCGGUUGCUGCGGCCCUGUGGUAUCGAGGAUAUUCUACAGAUGAGCCUCAGGCCGAACAGGAAAAGGCUUGAGAGCAAUGGAGCGGACUAAGCAAAAGUCAUGAAAGAUCGAACUGUAUACAACUAGCAUCCACAUCGGGCAUAUGAGCGCCAUUCAAAAGUCAAGCAUCCUCUACC